CAGUACUAAUUUAAUCAUGUCGGUAAAAUGUGAACCCAUUAAUUAACAUUAUCGUCAUUUGGUUCACGUGAAAAAAACCAAGCCCACAAUAUCUAAAAUAUGUAUAUAUAUUAGCUACUUUAAGCUUCAAUGACAUUUUAGUUCUUGUAUCACAUCUCUAUUUUUGUGUUCUAAAACAUAAUGACAACAACAAGUGUUCUUUCUAGUGGAUUCAACCACUCAACCCUCCCUCAGUCUUACGUUCGACCUGAAUCUCAAAGACCUUGCAUGUCUGAAGUUGUUGAUAGCGACGAUCUUGUCCCAGUCAUUGAUAUGUCUUGUACUAAUAGGAACGUUAUCGUUCAUCAAAUCGGUGAAGCUUGUCGUCUUUAUGGGUUUUUCCAGGUGAUAAAUCACGGUGUGUCGAAGAAGGUGAUAGAUGAAAUGUUAGGGGUAAGUCAUGAAUUUUUUAAGCUACCAGUUGAAGAAAAGAUGAAAUUGUAUUCUGAUGAUCCAUCAAAAACUAUGAGAUUAUCAACUAGUUUUAAUGUUAAGAAGGAAGCUGUUCAUAAUUGGAGAGAUUAUCUUAGGCUACAUUGUUAUCCUUUGGACAAAUAUGCCCCUGAAUGGCCUUCUAAUCCUCCUUCUUUCAGGGAAAUAGUAAGCAAAUAUUGCAUGGAAGUUAGAGAGCUUGGAUAUAGAUUGGAAGAAGCAAUAUCAGAGAGCUUAGGGCUUGAGAAGGAUUGUAUAAAAAAUGUGUUAGGUGAACAAGGACAACAUAUGGCUAUCAAUUUUUAUCCUCAGUGUCCACAACCUGAAUUAACUUAUGGGUUACCAGCCCAUACAGAUCCAAAUGCAAUUACAAUUCUUCUUCAAGAUUUGCAAGUGGCUGGCCUUCAAGUUCUUAAGGAUGGAAAAUGGCUAUCUAUUAAACCUCAGCCUAAUGCCUUUGUCAUCAAUCUUGGUGAUCAAUUGGAGGCGUUGAGUAAUGGGAAGUAUAAAAGUAUAUGGCAUAGAGCUAUAGUGAAUUCAGACAAAGCAAGGAUGUCUGUGGCUUCUUUCCUCUGUCCCAAUGAUUGUUCCAUUAUCAGUGCUCCAAAAACCUUAACUGAAGAUGGAUCUUCUGCAAUUUAUCGACAUUUCACUUAUGCUGAAUAUUAUGAAAAAUUCUGGAGCAGGAAUUUAGAUCAGGAAUAUUGUUUAGAACUUUUCAAGAACGAUGGAACCUAGUACUUGUAUGAGUUUAUUACUUUUGUAUCGACCUAAGUGUGGUUGUCACACAAUUAUGUUAGGAAACAAUCACUUGAUAUAGUUCAGAUAUGAAACUCGCAAAAAAAAUGAUACUUCAAGUAUGUAAAACUUUUUUUGUUCUUUUUCUCUGGCAUUAUCAUCUGUUGCACCCCUGUUUUAUAUGUGGAAUCAAAUUGGGAAAGAUGAAA